AUAGACUUUAGACUAGCUUCACGUACGAAUAUACAGGGUGGUUGGUAACUGGUGGUACAAGCGGAAAGGGGGUGAUUCUACGCGAAAAAAGAAAAUAUAGAAUAGAAAUCUUUCGUUCGAGGCUUUGUUUUCGAGAAAAUCAACUUUGAAUCUUAUCUCGUUAUAACGGAUCUCACUGUAGAUCGUUGUCUCGAUGGAAAAAUUAAGAAAAAAAUUUUUAUUCUAUAUUUUCGACUUCUUUCACCCCCUUUCCGCUUGUACCAUCAGUUACCAUCCACAUCCAUUCCAUAUACAUCCUGUCCAUAAAAUUAUGAAAUACCUACAUUUUUCAAUUAUGUUCAAAAUUCUACAGACCUCCCCCUUCCCCGAAAUCUCAUUUUGCGCUUUCGUCAAUCAUAAAAGUUUAUUUGCGAAAACAAGCAGCCCAAGAAGAACAAUUUGCGUCAGUCUAAAAUUACCAUCACGCAUCAAGGAACGUACCUGACGUCAACAAACCUGAAGUCCCUCCCAUAUUUAACUCUACUAAGCCAACCACGGGAGUUCCGCGUUCAAAAUACCAAUCGUUCGUUUAUUUGCAUGAGAAAAGAUUUGUCGGUGGCUGGGGAGGAAACGAGCCGAAGCGCGGAUAGGUGAAUGUCGGAAGAGAAGGGGAAAACCUUCCGAGUCCUGAAACAAUUUUCGUUUCGAACAGCUCGUCCUGCUGGUGGGGAGGGUUGCAUAAAUAUUCGAGGUUGCGCAUCGUGCUCGACAUAGCUGGAAACUGCUGGCAAGCGAACAAGUGGUGGAGAAGGAGCACCAGGACCUUAGUUUCGCCACAGCUCAGUACCAGUUGCGCUCCAUACGAGUGUUCAUCCAACCUGCUCGAAAGGGUGGAAUUCCAACGUGAAGACAUUGAGUUCGGUGACAUCGUCCUCCCGUUGGCCGCGGAUUCGUUAUCAAGCCUGAGGCCCUCGUCACUAGUAUCACUAUCGACAAUAAAGGUACCCCACCCGCGACCGGACGAUGGAGAACUCCAACACGGAAUCGCAAUCUCCCGCGAGCCCUGCCCGGGAGGGCGCCUCGAGCUCGGACUCGGAAUGUGACUCGAGCUCGGCCUGCUCAUGAGGGACCACCCCCUGAAAAACAGCGCACUGUAUUCUGCCCUAAACCGUGCCCUAGGGGGUCCGGCAGCGUAUUGGCUUACGCAGAUAAUGAACGGCGACGAGCUCACCUGGCCAGAUUUUAAGGAACAAUUCGCCGCGCACUUCGGUGGCCAAGAAGUAGCAGCCGCGUCGCUAAUCAAGGUAGCCGAGAAACUACCGCGGGACGGCGAAACACCAGGAGCGUACGGAAAUCAUAUCAUCACCCUCCUGGGGUCGAAGUGGCGAAAUUCAACCAGGGAAGAGGUACUCGCCGCCACCGCCCUCCAUCUGCUGGGCUCGCGCGAUGAACGUUUUAAACGACUAGCGCUCACGAGUGACAUCACGUCGGUGAAACAAUUCCAAAGAGAAAUGAAGCCCUUCCUAUACACGGAGUGGCCAACGCCCCCGCCGUGGAGGUCAUUAGCGAGCUCCGGAAACAAAAAAGGCAGGUCACCCGCCCCCUGGACCAGGUGUGGUCACUGCGGUAUUUACGGACAUCCGACAUUCGAAUGCCGCAAGAGGGCGAAGUGGGAACCGAAGAAGGACCCCCGACUCCCGAAGGAAAGCCGACCGGCUGCACCACCAAAAGCGUUGUGCUUUCACUGCCACAUGCCGGGACACAUCGCGUCUCGCUGUCCAUCGCGGCGAGAAGAAAAACAUUGCCCCGAGGACAAGCGCCGGGUCGGUGCCUGCGUGGUGGAAGCCCCGACGCGUAGACUAAGCCAGCAGGCCACACACGAGGAUGUGUAAGUGUCAGGAUGGCCGAGUCGGAGACGAAAGGACGCCGGGGCCCCUCUGGAACUUCAGGACAACACCCUAACCUUGCAACCUAGACCCUAAUAUAGCCAUAACGAAACAAUCGCAAGUCCAAACCGAUAGCAAUCGUACGUCGAUCGGAGGAUCGUGUGUACUGAGACACUCGACCGGAGUCUUGUUUCGGUGGCGUCGUUGGGAUGACGAGCAGUCUUGCUAGAGAGCUGAUCGGUGAAGGAAGUCGAGUGCCUUACGAGCAGGGAGUGGUGCACGUGUGAGUUAGAGCAAGGGAACCUGUCCUCCCGUUGGUCACGGAUUCGUUAUCAAGCCUGAGGCCCUCGUCACUAGUACG